CAACUCUGUCACAGCUGAUAAUAAUCAGCUUUUGCAAUUUUUUUUUCAUGUCAAUGAAGAGAUUAUUACUUGAAUUCUUCUCGAAUACAGAAUAAUUCCUCUGUGUCAAACGUCCUAAAAGAACUAGCUAUUCUUGUUUCCCCAGUUUUAAUUUACAAGGCAACAGUAACCUCAAAGGGAGUUACAACUAGUCUCACACAAACACAGAGAACAGAUACUUCACUGCAGCAGACUAACACAGGAUGAUGAGGAUGUCAGGAAGAGUCACAAGUUGCUGUGUUGCUCUGUUCCUUGUCCUGACCUCUGUGUCAGCUGUACAAAGGCUCAACUCAAUCAAUGAUUUGAAGAGAAUCAACUUUGGCCAAUCUGUGCCCAAGCACAGUCUUCUGCUGCUCCACUGGUUUGCCAACGUGGUUGAUAUUGACAAUAAUAAUGUCAUACAGUUGACCUUUGAUCCAAACAGUGGAGAUUAUGGUUCACAUCAUUAUGGCAACUUUGAGAGGCUACUGGACCCACUGCCUCAUGGAAAUAUCAGACACCGGUACUACACUGUUGGCAAUCUCAAUCAAGGGACCUCAGUGCGACUUCCACAGUAUGUCCUCCAUCCCCCAAUAGAGUAUGCUGGAAGAAACAGGGACCGGAUCAUAUUCAGAGUCAGAAACACAGGACCACAAGCUUCACAGUGGAUACUUCAAGUGUACCUCACACAACAUUAUGAGACGUCAGAACAUCAGGGGACAAGGUAUGAUCCAGAACAUACAUACCAGGUCACUACCAACCUUUUAAGAGAGAUCAGACAGUUUUCUGUGGGAGAAGGCCAACAAUCCCUGACAGAGCUUAGAGACCACUUUGGAAGUAUCGCUGAUUUAAGGGACAUCAGAAACACAUGGGGUGACCUUGCUUGUCUUGGACUGCUGUUGUUUAUUGUGAUCCAGGAAAAGUACUCCUCUCACCAACGCAACAACAGGCCUCAACGUGCAGUGAGAGGAAACACACAAACUGAUUUUGUUGUCAACAUCCCAGAACACAGACAGAAUUAUAUGGAUGCUUAUGCUUCAAGGAUUAUAGCAUUUCUACAAGACCAGAGGGAUGAGAUAAAACUUGAGGUGAUAACUGGCAGAAACGGAAAAGCCAAGAUUCUUUGGAGCAACAUUCCUGGAGAUCGUCUAAAAGAUGGAGUGAUGGUGGUGCUUUUCAAGAACAAUGAGGACCAGGAAGCCAGCAGGACUUAUGAGUGUACUGGGAACAGACAAUCAGGCAGUUUUGACACCUCAGUACCUCUGAAUGAUGGUCUUCAGGCCCGACUGCAUAAGGUGAGAAGACUGUGCUGCUUCUGGAAAGUGGUGGGAGAGGAGAUAUGCAGAGGUACUGAGUUUAAGAAUCCAGAGGCAGUCAGUAUACCAGGCUAUAAUGCACAUCUCCAGCUCUUUGUGAAAGAUGGUAAGGCUUGUGCUCGUUUAUUUGUUCUGAAGACUUUCAGUGAGUGGAAAUCAGAAUUUAAAAAGUCUUGGAUCGGGUUCUAUUCCUCUCCAGAUAAAGCCACAAAUCACUAUGAAUGGUGGCAGUGGCAAUGGGCAACUAAAUUCAGACCUAACGCUGACCUGGAGGACUCCUCUUAUAAUGUCUAUGAGUAUCACUCAGGUAUGGCAAUUGCUCCAGGAGUUCAAGCACGAUUCAUACUCAGGGGUGAGGAGGUUAAAGCACGCACUCCUAGCUGGAGGUGAAGACUGAUAGAGAUACGCUAUAGUACACUAUAAUAGAGCUACACUUCAAAAACACAUCUGGACAUUUGGAGCUUUAUAGCUCUAGUAAGAAAACUGCAGUUACUUAGUAACAACCCAAACUCCUCUCUAAAUGGCUCUUUUUGCACAUCAUAAUGCACUGUUAUGGUCAUAAAGCGAAGGCUUUGUUCAUGCAACAAUGUCAUGCUCCAGCACGUCUAAUGUAAGUGUAGAUGUAAAUAGCUCUGAUGGAUAAAUAAAACUGUAUAUUACCUAUGAUUUUGUAUUCUUCCUGUAAUGUUGAACAUUGUGUGUUCAUUAAACCAUAUUCUGUGUAUCA